AUGCACAAUGAGAUUGCGGAUUUCAUCAAACAAGAGGUCACCGUUCUUCCAGUGAAUCACUUGACUUACAGCACUGGACCACGAGGAUCGCACCGCCUACGCCUUGCAGCCGCGAACUUCCUAACAGACGAAUUCAAGCCCCGCAGAUCUCUUGGUAUUGACAACAUUCUGAUCACCCCAGGCCUGGCUAGUGCUAUUGAUGCACUGGCUUGGACUUUCUGCGAUGAAGGAGAUGCUAUAUUGAUUCCACAGCCAUUGUAUAACGGAUUCAUAGUCGACGCCUUGAACCGUAGUAACGUUCAGGUGAUUGGUGUUUCCUACACUGGAGUUGAAGGAUACACGACCCUUGACGAUUUGUUCGACCCUGAAGUCAACAGGAAAGCCAUAGCCAGGGCACUUGACAGAGCCAAAAUCAACGGUAUUAAAGUCAAGGCUUUAAUAAUUUCCAACCCCCACAACCCUCUAGGAAGAUGCUACCCACCCGAGACUUUAAAAGUCUUUGCCCGGGCAUGUGGCAAGAACGACCUACACUUCAUCUCUGAUGAGAUCUAUGCCAAGUCAACAUUUCCAAAUCCGGCCAUUCCCGACGCUGUCCCUUUCCUAUCAACACUCUCUCUUGACUUUAGCGGAAUUCUCGACUCGACUCGCCACCAUAUCCUCUACGGCGCUAGCAAGGACUUCUGCGCCAAUGGCUUACGUCUUGGACUUGUAUGUACCAGGAACGAGGGGGUUAUGGGAGCGCUAUCUAGUAUCAGUAUCUUCUCGUGGUCACCGCACCUCAUCCAGGAUGUGUGGGCCGCUAUGCUGGAAAACAAACCCUGGCUCGCUGCGUUUACGGCAGAGAAAGCAGAGCGCAUGGUCGUCAACCACCGUAUCACAACCUCGUUUUUGCGCGAGCAUGAUAUUCGGUACUUCGACACAAAUGCUGGACUCUUUAUUUGGGUAGACCUUAGACAUAUGAUCACGUCGCCAAAGGACCCGCAGCAUCAAAUCAUGCUUGACUCCUCGGACAUUGAAUCUACUUUGGAAAAGACCUGCAAACAGCGCGAGGUACAAAUCGCCGAUAUCUGCAUGAAGCAUGGAGUUUUGGUUGCACCAGGUCACGUGUAUGUGGCGGAGGAAUAUGGGUGGUUUCGGCUAACGUUCACAGUCGGCAAAGAUGCUUUGCAAGAAGGUCUGAAUCGCUUUUUGGAGGCAUUGAAAGAGGCAGAAGCAUUUACGCCGCAGGCCUGA